ACUACGUAUGGGGGACUCCAAAAUAAGGUUAUUACUUGUUUACGUUGUUCUUUAGUGUCGACAAGAAACAUGGAGAUUACAAAUAAAGUUGUUGAUGUCUCUUAUUUCUUCCACUUAGAGGCUACCGGCGAUUCCGAAGCCGGUUACUUUGAUCCCGCCAUAUCUGUUAUCAACCAUGAUGAAGAUGACAACGAUGAUGCCGAGUCAUGCAGCUGUGAUGAUGCCACUACAUCUGAAUCUGAUCUUCUUCAUGUGGUUAAUUAUAGCUUAGAUCACAAAGCAAAUGUUGGCGAUGAUCAUCACGAAGAUGAUGAAGAGGAUGGGGAGGUGGUGGACCAAAAUGGGGUUCAUUUGUAUAAGAAAUGUAUUAAUGGAGUUGUGGUAAAACAAAACAAGAAAGCAUCAGCUGUUUCUUUUGAUUCAACCAUGAAUGAGAUGGAAAAGAACAAGCUGUUCUGGGAAACCUGUCUAGCAUCUUAGAUGCUGUUCUUUUUCUGUUUUGUUUUUUUGUCCUUUCUUUCCCCCAAUUCCCUGCAAAUCAACCAUAUUUAGAUAGAACAGGCAAUGUUAGAGAACUUCGAUUUCAAACACAAACACAAGUUCAGCCCCAUUACUGAACCUUUGAUUCAAACAACACUAACUUUAUCGAUUUACAGAAGCAAAUCAUGAUCGAAGAGCAACAAAGUAUUGUUUUACAUAAUGUAAGGAUGAACCAUCAUCAAUCAGAUAGCAUUAGACAAGGACAGUGACAAUCUAGAUUGUCUAUCAUCUCCACAUCCUUAUGUGCUUGGGUCUUCCUUCUGACCGGAGUCCCUUCCAUCACUAAUUCUCAAGGCAAAAAUUCUUUCAGGUAAGACAGUAACUGGACUUGAAUUAUCACUUUGCAAUUCGUCAGCUGGUUCCACCAAAAAGACUAUUGGUGACGGUCUUAUUAUUCUCAUCCAGUUGCCUCAAGAAGCAUUCCUCUAUUUCACCUAAUGACUGAACUUCAUCUUCGUCUCCGCUGUAGCUAUUGUAAAGGGCAUUAUCGUAUUCUGAUGUUGGUCCUUUCAGUUCGCAGCUCGUUUCCAUCUCUCGGUUACUAUCAAACUCCUCAUCGGUAGGGCCAUUGCAAGAGUGAGACGACAUUGGUGAACAUCUCCCUCCUGUUGCGCUCUCUUCACGCUCCUGCAGUGUCCUCAUGAUCAAGGUCUUGAGCAAGUUCAUUACUUGAACAGCAUGCAUCAGAGCUGUCAAUGGAUCAGACAUCUACUCGAGAGAAAAUCAAAAUAAAAAUCUUCAUCUUAGUUCCCAUGGCAGUUUGUAGUAUUUGACAAAACAAUUUUAAGUACAUAUCUCUGAAUACUGAUCCAACAAAUUCGUUUAUGCAAACUAGAAA